AUGUGGAACGACGAAGAUAACAAUCCCUACGGGGCCUUUGAUCAGCACCAGUCCGGCCUGUCCGACUCCCUACAUUCAGCCGCACUCUCCCCUCCUAGCCAUGUACGAACAGGAUUCCACCCCCCAUCCAGCCGCGGUUCCACUAGUGGCCCUCCGGAUUAUAUCACCAACCCCGAGGAUCUCAGCGAUCCCGAGGACGAGGCCGUGUAUGGUGCCGCCAGUCGGCAAUAUCCUCGGAAGAGCGUCUAUGACAGCCGCAUUGAGCAGAUACUCUAUGAGAACCCAGAGAUGCCAAUCCUAAUUACUGAUGCUGGGAAGAACCAUGAAGGCGGCGGAAGCUUCAUAGUAUACACUAUCCGGACUGCGGAUCUGGAAGUACGCCGUCGGUAUUCCGAAUUCGCAUCAUUGCGUCAAACCCUGGUCAACCUGCAUCCCACCUUGGUCAUUCCGCCAAUUCCCGAGAAGCACAGCAUGGCGGACUAUGCAGCCAAGCCCACGCGGGCCAAAGAUGACGCUGCCAUUAUCGAUCUUCGAAAACGUAUGCUCAGUGUGUUCCUUAAUCGGUGUAGGCGCAUGAAGGAGGUGCGCGAGGACGGAGUGUGGUGGAGAUUCCUAGAUCCGAACGUGAGCUGGAGUGAGGUCUUGAGCUCCCACCCCGCAGCAUCCGUCCCAAAGAAUAACCUUAAAGCGCCCCCUCUCGAUCCCGCCAACCCCACCCCAGCUCAUGGCUGGCUCCCGAUUCCAUCUGCGUCGGCAAAGCUCAAGCCCACUAGUGGGGUGACCACAUCUACUGGAGCUGCGGCAUCACCCACGUCGCCGAGCGAGACAGAACAACCCUCAUUCCCAGGACCGGAUGUCCUUGGGCGGUUCCCUCCCGAGUCGCGCAAACUCAGUGAGCAAGAAUUGGAUCCUUAUUUCAAUAACUUCGAAGCGUCUACCCGGGAGCUAGAGCUACUAUUACAGGGAAAUAUUGAGAAAGUCAACCGACGGACUCUUUCGCAUUUGUCUUCAUUAUCAGCGGAUCUCAUGGAGUUGGGUGCGCGUUACAACGGGUUUUCUCUAUCUGAGCAAUCACCCACGGUGGCUGCUGCUAUUGAGCGGAUUGGCCAGGCUGCGGAUACCUCUUAUAUCGAGACCGAAGAAUUAUCCUCAGCCUUGAGCGCAAGCUUUGCAGAGCCCAUGCGAGAGAGUGCCCAGUUUGCUAGUGUGGUUCGCGGAGUUCUCCGAUACAGAGUGCUCAAACGAGUACAACAAGAAAUGACUCGCGACGAGUUGUCGAAGAAAAAGACACUGUUAGACUCCCUUGAGCGCAGUGAAAUCGAAGCCAGGCGCAUCGAGCAGUAUCUCAACCGUACCGGCUCCCAAACUGGCGGCACGAAGCCGCGGUCUCUGUCAACCUCAUCAGCCGUUAGCAGCGAAAGUGGCGGUCACGGAGCCUCUGGUGACUCGGACUUCCCACCUACUCAUGACAACCCUGUCAGCCCCUCGCCUUCGUCGUACGUCGGAGGAUCCAAGAGGGCCGACCCGUUGACACCAGCUUCUCCGGCUCAUCGGAAGUCGGCAAGCGGGAACUUCGUCACGAAUAAGAUAUUCGGUCGCAUCAGCCAUGCUAUUCACGGUUUUGCGGAUGUGGACCCGGAACGCACGCGUCGGGACCAGAUUGGAAAGACAAAAGAAAGCUUGAUUCAGUUGGAGCAAGCAUUAGACGUUUCCGAGAAGGACGUCAAAGAUGCCAGUGCAGGUGUUCUUCAGGAUCUCAAACGCUUCCAGAAGGACAAAGAAGCUGAUCUGCGGCGGUACAUGAUCGCAUAUGCUCGUUGCCACUUGGACUGGGCGCGGAAGAAUCUGGAGACAUGGACCGAAGCCAAGGAUGAAGUGGAUAAGAUCGUGGCUCGGUAG